GGGGAAUGGAGCGGUGGGAGGCGGUGGCCCUUGGGCCUCCGAGGGAGCGGGUCCCGCGACAGGCCCGGAGCUGUCCCGGCCGCAGCAGUACACUAUUCCGGGGAUUCUGCACUACAUCCAGCACGAGUGGGCUCGGUUCGAGAUGGAGCGGGCGCACUGGGAGGUGGAGCGGGCCGAACUACAGGCCCGGAUAGCCUUUCUACAAGGAGAAAGAAAAGGUCAGGAAAACUUGAAGAAGGAUUUAGUAAGAAGAAUAAAAAUGUUAGAGUAUGCAUUAAAACAAGAAAGGGCAAAAUAUCACAAAUUAAAAUAUGGCACAGAAUUGAACCAAGGUGAAUUGAAAAUGCCAACCUUUGAAUCAGAAGAAACCAAAGAUACAGAGGCUCCCACGGCACCUCAGAAUAGCCAGUUAACGUGGAAGCAAGGCAGACAACUGUUACGGCAGUAUCUUCAGGAAGUAGGUUACACGGAUACAAUAUUAGAUGUACGGUCUCAGCGGGUAAGGUCAUUACUUGGACUAUCUAAUUCAGAACCAAAUGGAUCAGUAGAAACAAAGAAUUUGGAACAGAUCCUCAAUGGAGGUGAAUCUCCUAAGCAAAAGGGACAAGAAAUCAAAAGGCCCUCUGGGGAUGUUCUUGAGACAUUCAAUUUCUUAGAAAAUGCUGAUGAUAGUGAUGAAGAAGAAGAAAAUGACAUGAUUGAAGGCAUCCCAGAAGGAAAAGACAAGCAUAGGAUGAAUAAACACAAAAUAGGUAAUGAAGGUUUAGCUGCUGACCUAACUGACGAUCCUGAUACUGAGGAGGCACUGAAAGAAUUUGAUUUUUUAGUGACUGCUGAAGAUGGAGAAGGAGCUGGAGAGGCACGGAGUUCAGGAGAUGGCACAGAAUGGGAUAAAGAUGACCUCUCCCCAACUGCUGAGGUUUGGGAUGUAGACCAGGGACUAAUAAGUAAACUGAAGGAACAGUACAAGAAGGAACGAAAGGGGAAGAAAGGGGUGAAGAGGGUCAACAGGACAAAACUCUACGACAUGAUAGCUGAUCUGGGAGAUGAUGAGCUGCCCCACAUCCCUUCAGGAAUCAGUAAUCAGUCUAGGUCAGCCUCUACUAGAAUGACUGAUCAUGAAGGUGCAAGAGCAGAGGAAGCUGAACCAAUAACGUUUCCAUCUGGAGGAGGCAAGUCAUUUAUUAUGGGUUCUGAUGAUGUUUUGUUAAGUGUACUGGGCCUUGGAGACCUUGCAGACUUGACGGUAACAAAUGAUGCAGACUAUAGUUAUGAUUUGCCUGCCAAUAAAGAUGCCUUUCGAAAGACAUGGAACCCCAAGUAUACACUUCGUAGCCAUUUUGAUGGAGUACGGGCAUUAGCGUUUCAUCCUGUAGAACCUGUGCUGGUUACUGCGUCUGAGGACCAUACCCUUAAACUUUGGAACUUGCAAAAAACAGUUCCUGCCAAAAAGAGUGCCUCUUUAGAUGUAGAGCCUAUCUACACAUUUAGGGCCCACAUUGGCCCUGUUCUGUCAUUAGCUAUUAGUUCUAAUGGAGAACAGUGUUUUAGCGGUGGUAUUGAUGCAACCAUCCAGUGGUGGAAUAUGCCUAGUCCUAAUGUGGAUCCAUAUGAUACAUAUGAGCCAAAUGUUCUAGCUGGCACUUUAGUUGCUCAUACAGAUGCAGUCUGGGGUCUUGCUUAUAGUGGCAUAAAAAAUCAAUUACUAUCUUGUUCAGCAGAUGGCACUGUUAGGUUAUGGAAUCCACAAGAAAAAUUGCCAUGUAUUUGCACUUACAAUGGAGAUAAGGAGCAUGGAAUACCUACAUCAGUUGACUUUAUAGGCUGUGAUCCAGCUCAUAUGGUGUCCUCUUUCAACACUGGUAGCGCAGUUAUUUAUGAUUUAGAAACAUCGCAGUCAUUGGUGAUGCUUUCAUCACAGGUAGAUUCUGGUUUACAGUCCAAUAAUCACAUUAACAGAGUAGUAAGUCAUCCUACACUUCCUGUUAUAAUAACUGCUCAUGAAGAUAGACACAUCAAAUUUUUUGAUAAUAAAACGGGUAAAAUGAUCCAUUCUAUGGUAGCUCAUUUGGAUGCUGUUACAAGUCUAGCAGUAGAUCCUAAUGGAAUCUAUUUAAUGUCUGGAAGCCAUGACUGUUCUAUUAGAUUGUGGAAUUUAGACAGCAAGACAUGUGUGCAAGAGAUAACAGCUCAUAGGAAGAAAUUGGAUGAAUCAAUUUAUGAUGUUGCUUUUCAUCCAUCAAAAGCAUAUAUUGCCAGUGCAGGAGCUGAUGCCCUUGCCAAAGUAUUUGUGUGAAUCAACAAAAACUCACAUUCUAACAAAAGAUUCGCUUGGACAGAAAGAGGGUCUGCAUCACUGCCAUCAAAAAGGUUACAGAUAUGACACUACAUGUAAUUUGCCUGGUGAAGGCUAUUAGGGGCAGGCAUAAAUUGGUGGAAAUCACAUCUUAAUGUCAGGCUCAUUAAUUUACUGUAAUUUUCUGUAUUUCAUGGGACAAAAAAUGGACUCCAGUAUUUGUGGCCUCUACUGGAUGCGAACUGAGCGUAUGUCUGUUUUUUUUUAGGUGUCUUGAAGCCAGUGUAGAGUCUGAUCUUACAAAAAGACUUUUUUUUGGACUCUGUGUGCUGCCUUAGGGUUAGGAAUGUGGUGCUCUUGUGGGGGGAAGUGAGCUCCAAGAGUAGCUUUUUUUUCAUCUCUUAGUAAUCUUCUGUUUAUCAGUUGAAUGCCACAGAUUCCCUUUUAAACUUAUUUUGCUUUUAAAAAAAAGAAUUUAACUUAAAAUAUUUUAGCAUUAGUUGCACAAAAUGUUUGGAUAAAAUUCUAGUUUUUAUAAGUCUUUUUAUAUAUUUAGCCUGUCACAACAGUGCUCAAGAUUGUAUUGAAGUUUUUCUGCAUUAUACAACCUUAAAAAACAGAUCUCACUGACCCACUGCCCUGUAACCACUUUAUUUCCUUCUUUUGCCUAAUACAGCUCAGCUAAGUCCUUUCAUAAAGAUGCUAGAUCACUUUCAUCAUCACAUAAAUGUCUUCAUAAACCAAGGACUAUUAAGUGUAUUAAAAUGAAACGGGUUUAGUACUCCAACUGAACUCUUAAAAAAGAAAAAAAAAACUAAUCUUGGCAUCCUAUCACUAUGUGAUAUUUUGUACAUCUUACUGUAUUUACAAGUUUAUUUAUCAAGGAUUAUCCAUCUUGCUAAUGGCCUAUUAUUUAUUUCACUUUUUGUUGGUCUUUAUAUCCUUUUAUUAAUGUGCUAAAGGAACCUGUAUAUCUAUUUUGGAACUCUUUGAAUAGUCUAAAAUAGACUAAAAAUGGAAUAUUUUAUAGUUUAAGUUACAAACCAAGGUGGUUCCCCCCAAGAUACAUAUCUUGGUUUGCCAUGAUUCCAAACAAAACUAUCUUGUUUAAAAAUAUUUGGAGUAAAAUUUUAUUUGCAUUACAAAUAGGGUACAAAAAUAGUUGAAUCAGGAUACAGAAAUCUGCUGUGUUUGGACUAGUUAUCCCUGUUUUAUUUUUUUAGAUGUGCUUAAUUUUAUGGUGUAACUAAAGAUUUUGUUUGUGUAAUGCAUGAUUAAGACAAUAAAGUAUUUUUUCUAGUCUUCCAAAAACUUUUUGAUCAGUUUGCGAGUUUUGAUGAGUUUUGUAAGGUUUUUGUUUUACAAACUAUGAAUCAGCAAAUUUUUAAGAUUGUACCACAUAGCAAACGUACAGCUAUUGAAAAAUAAUGUAUAUAAAAUGCAUAUAAUAAAUAUUAAAUUGUGUACCUGUAUGUUACUGUGGGCUACAUCUUUUUGUGUUCAAUAAGAAAGUGCAAUACUUUACUCUCCAUAAUUAAACUAGGAAAUGGAGAGGGAAUUAAACUCAUAAUUAAACUUAGUGAGUCCUUCAUUUUUAUGCUUUUCUUUUAAACAUACUGCUUAUUGAUAUUCUAGUACGAUUAAAAGAGUAACACUACAAAGAAUGCCUUUCUAAGUACUUAACUCCAUUUAGGGAUUUUUUUUUUUAAUCUUCUAGUAGGCAAUCCAAAGUAACCCCCCCCAAAAAAAAGCACAGAUGUGGUUUUAAACAAUGCUUAGAUAUGCUGUUACUUUAUUAAAUCUGAAUUUCAGUUCCUAUGUUUCCCUAAAAAGUUCAGCAAAGAAUAACUGCAUUAUUUAUUAGUUAAAAAUUGUUCUUAUAAAUAAUGUUAAGUAUUAAUAUCUUGAAACAUUUCCUCUUAAUAAGGUAAUAUCUUUUUUUCUUUGAAGAGAAUUACAAAAUGGAAUUAGAAGAGGAUACCAGAAAACUUAAGUGAAAAGUUGUAUUUGAAUGCCUGCUGCCUAAAAAAAAAGAAAGUUACAUUGUGUAAACAUUAAAAUGUUGUCAUCUGCCAUAAAAAUCCACGUGGCAUUUUCAAUUAUUGCUCGUGAAACAUUAAAACUUUUUAGAGCUUAUUUAACAUUUUUGAGUUCUCUGAACUACACAUCCAACUAACAAAUGCAACUGAAAAUAAAGGGACACUUUUCCACCUUUUUUUUUUUUUAAGUAAUUCAAAAAUGAACUUUUCCAAAGCUAGUAUUGCUUCUGGCAGCUAUCCCAAUCCAAUACAUUACUGUUUAACCGAAAUGUGAUUUUUAUCAUUGCAAAGCAUAAAUAUUCAUCUCUUUUGGAAUGUAUUAAAACUGAAAUGGAUAAAAA